AUGAGUCUUGAGUACGCUAAGUGGGGUCCAAUCCAAAAGACUAGUUUCAGAGACCGCUUGCUCUCCUUACCGGUUACCCCUUCUUCAACUCAUUCUCUUCUGCCACUUUAUUUCUCUUUACUAGACUUUCUUGAGGAGACAGUGGUAGAGUUACUAGGAGUGCUAGGUCGUCGUCCAUGGCUUCCCAUUGUAGUCUGUUGCAGCUCUCGCGACGAACUCCACGCCGUCUCCUCUUCCUUAUCCACUCUUCCUUUCAUCUCCUUUGCUGCCUUGUACAGUGAUCUGGGAGAGAGGGACCGAGCUAUGGUUUUGGAGAAAUUUCGACAAGCAACAAUCAACUGGAACCAGCAACUUAACUCUGCAGUAGAAGAAGGUUUGGAAGAGAGUGAAGCAAGAGAAGAAGAAGAUGAAAAGAAAUCUCAUCUGGUGGUUGUGACUGAUGUUUGUCUUCCCAUGCUUUCAUCUGGAGAGUCUUCUCUUUCCUCACGAGUUCUCGUCAACUACGAGCUUCCUACUAAGAAGGAAACUUAUUCUAGGCAUUUAACAUCUUGCUUAGCUUCAGGUGGGAUUGUCAUAAACAUGGUUAUUGGCUUCUUCAUUUUCACCUACUUUACAGCUCCCCCUGUCCCUCAACUUCCAACUUGA